UGCGGUGCACAUAAAGUCACAAACAUUGUGGAGGGGGUCUGUAGGGGGCGUUCACAAUAUGCACCCCAACAUUUCCAACUUCCCGUGAAGGCACCGCUGACCAGCAGCAAUGGGCGUGUCUUCACCAACAUGUCGGAGUGAGAGUUUCUCUUAAAACUUCACACUCCAAAUUUAGAGACUUCGCACGUUUACCUCGCGCCACUUGCUGGAAUAUGGCGCGUUACCGGGACGCAGAUACACUGGAGCCGGUUCGGAGCGGUUUAAUUAGUAGGUUUGUAAUUUUACUAGUAUUUAUAAGCACAGGCUUCCCGGUUUGCGAGUGUGAAGGAAUCAGCCCGGAGAGAUGCCUCAUAUGGGGUCCGGGGCUGAACCCGGACACAGUGUUACCAGUCCGCUACUUCUUUAUUCAGGCGGUGGAUUUAAAAGGAGAAAACCUGACUCUGUCUCCAGGAAAAGACGCGUUUAACGUGAAGAUAAGUUCCCUGGACGUGAACGAGCACAUCCGUGUCCACGUCCCUCCACCUCUGGACAGAGGAGACGGCUCCUUCCUGGUGAGGUACCGGCUCUACAGCUCUGCGCUCACCGGCCUCCACAUCCAGGUCUCUUACGGAGAUGCUGCGGUGGCCAAGUCCCCCUACACCGUCCAAGGUCCAGUCUAUCAUGAAUACUGCGACUGUCCUGAGCCCGAUGCCUCUGCCUGGCAGAGCGCCAUGCAGUGUCCCACCAAGGAGCGGCAGAUUCUGGCCGACUUCAAGUCUUUUCCCGCCAUCGACCUGCAGCAUCUCAGGCAGGAAGUGCCUCACAGAUUCUCCAACAGAGGAGGGCUCAUUCACUACACAAUCAUCAACAACCAGGUGUACCGACGCACGCUGGGGAAAUAUACCGACUUCAAGAUGUUCUCUGAUGAAAUGCUGCUGUCGCUGACGAGGAAGGUGAGGGUGCCUGAUGUGGAGUUUUACGUCAAUGUGGGUGACUGGCCGUUAGAGACGAGGACGACGGGAGCCGUUCCGAUCUUAUCGUGGUGUGGCUCCACAGACACGCGGGAUAUUGUCCUCCCCACCUACGAGGUCACGCACUCCACUCUGGAGACACUGAGAGGCGUCACUAAUGACCUCCUGUCUGUCCAGGGGCAUACAGGGCCUCUGUGGGCGAAUAAAACCGAGCGGGCGUUUUUCCGGGGUCGGGACAGUCGAGAGGAGCGUCUCCAGCUCGUCUCUCUGUCCAAAAGAAACCCAGAGCUGCUGGACGCCGGCAUCACUGCGUGGUUCUUCUUCAGAGACCAGGAGAAACACGUUGGCAAAGCACCACUUGUUGGAUUCUUUGACUUCUUUAAGUACAAAUACCAGGUGAACAUUGAUGGAACGGUGGCAGCAUACCGGUUUCCUUACCUGAUGCUCGGGAACAGUCUGGUUCUGAAACAGGACUCUCAGUACUACGAACACUUCUACAGCCAUCUGAAGGCUGGAACGCACUACGUUCCUGUGAAGAGGAACCUGUCAGACCUUCUGGAGAAAAUUAGCUGGGCCAAAGAGAACGACGCUGAGGCACGGGAGAUUGCCAGAGCGGGCCAGGCAGCAGCCAGAGAGCUGCUGCAGCCCAGCAGGCUGUACUGUUACUACUACAGAGUGCUGCGCAUGUAUUCAGAGAGACAGACGGGACAGCCGACACGGCACGCAGACAUGGAGCUGGUGCCUCAGCCGGACGACCACACUGCUGCCUGCACAUGUGAGCGUGAAAGGCUCAAAGAAGAAAGGGAUGAACUAUGACGGACUCGGUCUUUAGUCUUUUUCUGUGUGAAAACAUUCCUGAUACAUAAAGAGUGAAGAUAACUUAAUGUUCCUGAUGCCUGCAGGAAUAUGAAUGUUAAACAUUCCACUUUAGUUUUGGACAUUAGAGUGAUUUUAGAAUCAAAACUGUCGGGAGUUUCAAGGCAAGGCUCAAAGACAAUCUAAUGUUUUAGAUACCAUAUAUUGUUUUUUGUACUUGUUUAUAGCUCCGCUUAGUAAUGGAGGAAUGUGAAUGACUGUAAAUGUGCCUUUUACAUUGGAUACUUGUAUCUAAACUAAAAUCUUUGUCUUAAAAUCAA